UAAGCGCUCAGAUGCAGAGUUCUCAACUCUACUUGUAUACCGGUGCUGUAUCUACGUUCUACAUGAGUAAAUGUUGCUUGCAAUGUGACUAUCGACACUCUCGUCCGAGCCUCAAUCCGGCGGCAAAGUAUAACUCUGGAUGGAUGGCAACGUGAGUGAUCCAAGUGGUGCUUCGAGCAUGAACAAGGAAUCACCUCAUCAGAAGGCUGCUUAUGAUGCAGCCAUUGGGGAUGGUCGUUAUGGUCGUCAGGAUGGGACAAACCAGCAGUAUCCUUGGUACCAACAACCUCAGUAUUGCAGGUUUUGGCAACACUAUGCUGCUAUGCAGUCAUGGAUGCAAAUGUAUGUUGUGAUGCACAAAAAUCCAUGCACUUGGUCCCCAUCUGCUGAGUACCAGUACAUCACAAACAGGUACGGCUGGUGGUCUCAGUUCCCAACGAGUUCUAGUCAUGGUUAUCAAGUUCCUCAAAGGGCUUACUCACUCAACUCCAGCUGGAGCAGCCGAAUGGAAGCUUAUCAGUAUGCAGGCCACUCUCCUCAUUACCAGAACACUGCAUCCCAACAGGGAACUCAGGACGACAAGCAGCCCAUGAACACUGCAUAUUCAGAUGAAGAAACAGAGGACAGCGAUGAUGAGAGUCUGGAGGUUGAAAUCAGCCAGGAGAUGCUGGAGUUUUUCAGGACCUCGCAAAAAUUCAGAGAGGAGAGAGAUAAGGCCAAACUAGAGAGAGAGAAGAGAAAUGACGGAAGCAAAACCAAGAGGAAUCCUCUGAGGUUGAAAGAGAAAAACAAGUGUCAGGCACCGUCAGAAAGACCAGAUGAAGGCAGAAGAAAAGGCAUGAAGGUUCUGUACGGGAAACACUCAGCCAGAAUACACAGCAUGGAGACAGCCAUGCAGAUGCAGUUUGAUCGCAACUGUGAUCGCCACCAGCCCGCCUUCUGGCCCAUUGUUGCUCUCAGAAUGUGAAAACACCCUGCAGAUGUCGAGUGGUCGAUACUGCCGGAAGAAGAUGAUUGCUAGCUUCCUCGGUUGGGUCAUGUCUGAGUUUCCUGGCCACAACACAUGAGCUUAUGGGAAGUAACUGCUUCCGUAGGCUUCCAUAGGAGUAUGUCUUACUUUCAGCUACCUGUUGUCGAUUCCUGAGAUGGCCUUGAUGUCUUGCCAAAAAAUUAGCUGUCAUUCAGGCAGUUGCUUAUAUCUAUUUAUAAUUAACUCUUUUUGUGGGUGACGCAAGUCACUUUGGAAUGGACCAGAACAAUGUAAAUUCACAGCAGAACCUUGAUGGAUGCUAAACUCAACACUUCUUUUCGGUAAUGAGAAUGGGGGUAGGGGAAGGAACACAUCUCUAAUGGCAUACACAGAGGCAUAAUUUGUGCAGUUGUGUGAACUCAGAAAUGUACAGAUUUUGUGGUAUAGUGGAGCAGAAAUUUUGAGUUCAGGGAAAAAAAGACUCUCAAUGCAGCAUUUAGUCCAUUGAGGUCUAUUUUGUACGUGACAGUUCAUGUGGUAUUAGCUAGACUUGUUUGAUCUUGUAUUUUGUAGGAAUGGACAAUUCACAGGCAUCCUUGACAAGUUUCCAGUAGAGCAUGAGUAUAAUUAAACUGCCCAUGUGCAUAUGUCCCAAGUGUACGUCACUUGGCAACCAAUGUUGACAACCGUGUACCUGCAUUUCUAAUUUGGCAAGAAUAAAGCUGAGUAUCAGUUGUUAAGAAAGAGA